UUUACGAAAAUAAAUGCUUUUUUGAGGUUGUAAGGGAAAUUGAUUAUUUUGCAUGACGAACAUGUGAUGGUGUUUGUGUUUAGUGAACUGAGCUGUUGUUGAAGUGUUUAAGUAUUGUAUGAUUUUACGUCAUUUUUUAAACAUAUAAUGCGUAUUUAUUAUUGGAAAUUAGCUGUAGCUUUACGAUUUUUAUUAACUGUACUUCCACAAAACGGAUAUAUUCAUCCUGAUGAAUUUUUUCAGACAUCCGAAGUCGUUGCUGGUGAUGUUUUUAAUUUUGAAGUGCUGCGGUCUUGGGAGUUUGAAGAAAAUUUUCCAAUACGUUGUAUAGUAUUUCCUUAUCUAACUGCAGGAAUACCAUUUUUAUUAAUGAAUAAAUUAUUAAGUCCAAUACUUUCUUUUAAUGAAAAUCCAUUAUUACUACUAUUAAUUCCUCGUUUAGUCAUGUUCUGUUUAAUGUUAGGCCAGGAUUGGUGCCUAUAUAAAAUAUGUAAAAUGUUUAAAAAAAAUUAUGUUUAUAGUUUAUUUAUAUUUUCAACAUCUUAUGUGACCAUUGUAUUUUACACAAGAACGUUUAGUAAUUCUAUUGAAUCAUUACUAUUUUCAUUUUUAUUGUUGGUUGUUUCGAAAGUUAUAUAUGAAUUAAGUGAAAGUAAUAAUGAUUCAAAUGAUAUUCCUUAUGGUAAUUUAAUAGGCUUACUACUAGCUCUGGGAAUUUACAAUCGUCCAACAUUUAUAUUAUUUGCAUUUGUUCCAGUUUUAUUUUGGUUGCAAAUAGGUUUAAAAAAAAAUGUUUUAAGUUUUAUUGUGAUGUUUUGCAGACUAUUGACAGUUAUACCAACAUUUGUUAUUGUUUGCUUUUUAUUGACAUUAAUUGAUACAAUUUAUUAUUCUAAAACAUCAAUUUCACACUUGUUUAAUCACUUGAAAGAUAUUUUUUAUUUGUUCCAGAAUUUAAUUUUUACGCCAAUAAAUUUUAUUCAUUAUAAUCUUGAUAAUUCAAACUUGGCAAUUCAUGGCAUUCAUCCAAGGUUUCUUCAUUUAUUAAUUAAUGUUCCUUUGUUGUUUGGAAUUCUUGGAUUAAUGGGUAUUUUCUGCUAUAUCCAAAUUCUUUUAAAAAUGGUUAAAGGUCUAUGGCCUUUUUAUGAUCUCUUACCACAUAAUUCAAUGAUGCUAAUGAGUUUUGUUUUCCCUAUUCUUACCUUAUCAUUAUUUUGUCAUCAAGAACCUAGAUUUUUAAUUCCUGUUCUUCUUCCACUUUGUUUUCUUUUUUCUGAUUCAAUUUAUGGCUACACUUUAAAAAAGCAAUGGCUAUUUAUGAUGUGGAUCCUCAGCAAUCUAGUCUGUGGUUUCUUUUUUGGAUUUGUACAUCAGGGAGGUUUAAUUCCCUCUAUGAUUUCAUUGCAAAAAGUAUUAAUGAAAAAUAAUAAAUUGGGAAUAAACUCUCAUGUAAUAUUUUAUCAUACUUAUAUGCCACCAAGAUACUUAUUAAAUUUAAAUUCAACUGAUCCUAGUUUUAUUCAUGAUCUUAGUGGAAAUGAUUAUAUAAUAUUUGAAAAUACUGUUAAUGAUAUAUUAUCAAAAGAUCACUUUAAUGAAACAGUAAAACUUUAUGUUGUAAUUCCAAAUACAAUUAGUGAACAAACUCUAAAUUCAAAGUUUGUCUUAUUGACAAAAUUUUAUCCUCAUUUUAGUUCUGAAGAUCCACCUAAUUUUAAAGAAUUUUAUUCUGAACAAUGGACUUUUGAUGUUUUUAAAAGAUUUUUUGGU